UCAAACCAAUUACUCUAUCAAGCAACUAUAGGAAAAAUAUACUAAACGAUGCCAAAAGUCCUGUUCAUAAAAGAUCUCUUUUUGAACAUGAAGAAUCAAACAAUACAACUGAUAAUAAGUCUGAAACUAGUCAAAGUAUCUUGCUACAAAAUAAAGUUAACACUCUAGACUAUGGUCUAGUUAAACCUCCCUCAACAAACAAACAUAAUA